UUCUCCCCCCCCCCCCUUACUCUCUCUCAGGCACACACAGCAGCCCCGGGUAAAUAGGAAAGGACAGAUCUUCUCUGCUAUUUUUAAGAAGAACGAAGGCUAAAUUAAAAGUGGUAUUUUAGUGCCUUUUCCCAUAUUUUUUUCGCUACACUUUACCCUCCGCCCUUCCUACCACCGGGUAGAGCUCUUGGCUGGGGUUCGGAGGUUCAGGGAGAAAGUUUAGGCUUGUUAAUGUUACUGUCAAUUGUUUCUGGGGAGGGGGCGGAAUUGAGGGUGGGAGAAGGGUUGCUUGCGCCCCCCCCUUCUUUCCUCUCUGUGGUUCUCCAGGGUUAUUGGAGAAUAAUACUCCAAGUGACAGCCCGAAGUAGACUUUAUGCUUUUUUUACGCCGGAGAGCCUAGGAGAUAGAGAGCUAGAAGAGAACCUUCUUUUUCUCAUUAGACCUCGUCCGCAGUGAUUUUUCGCUUUUAAAGAAAAGAUAAUCAGCGACCAACACCCCCCAACACCCCACACCCCCAAACACCAUCUCAUUGUGGACCUUAUAGCGCUUUUUGCUUUGUUUUUGCGGCUUUUUUCAACGUUUCACUAGUCAGAUCAAUUUUAUCUUCUCUCUACUCACUUCCCAGUCUCCCUCCUCCCCCAUCGAAAACCCUGUUCUCCAACAGACAUUUGAAAAAACAACAUUUUUUGAAUUCUGAUUUUUGCGCUCAUGGCUUCUCCUCAUCUUGACGUUUAUUUCUGCCCUUCCCCCGCUUAGGGGGGGAGGGGGGUGGGGGAGACAAAAUAAUACAAUUUAAGGGGGAAGUCGCCUUCAGGUCUGCUGCUUUUUUUUUUUUUUUAAUAAAAAAAAGGAUAUAGAAAAACAUCAGUCUUGAACUUCUUCCUCUUCAAGAUCUCGGGCUGCAAAGGAAAUCUCCUUUGUUUUUGUUAUUUAUGUGCUGUCAAGUUUUGAAGUGGUGAGUUUCAGGUGAUUUUUAGAGGCGGGACUGAGUAUGGAUCAUUUGAACGAGACAACUCAGGGGAAAGAACAUUCAGAAAUGUCUAACAAUGUAAGCGAUCCGAAGGGUCCACCAGCCAAAAUUGCCCGCUUGGAGCAGAAUGGGAGCCCAUUAGGAAGAGGAAGACUUGGAAGUACAGGGGCUAAAAUGCAAGGAGUGCCUUUAAAACACUCUGGACAUCUGAUGAAAACAAACAUUAGAAAAGGAACAAUGCUACCUGUUUUCUGUGUGGUGGAGCAUUAUGAAAAUUCCAUUGAAUAUGAUUGUAAGGAGGAGCAUGCAGAGUUUGUGUUGGUAAGAAAGGACAUGCUUUUCAACCAACUGAUAGAAAUGGCAUUGCUAUCUCUUGGAUAUUCUCACAGUUCUGCUGCUCAAGCCAAAGGGCUAAUCCAAGUUGGAAAGUGGAAUCCAGUUCCACUGUCCUAUGUGACAGACGCCCCUGAUGCUACUGUUGCAGACAUGCUGCAAGAUGUGUAUCAUGUGGUCACAUUGAAAAUCCAGUUACACAGUUGCCCUAAACUAGAAGACUUGCCUCCUGAACAAUGGUCUCACACAACCGUAAGAAAUGCUCUGAAGGACUUACUGAAGGAUAUGAACCAGAGUUCAUUGGCCAAGGAGUGUCCCCUUUCCCAGAGUAUGAUUUCAUCCAUUGUGAACAGCACUUACUAUGCAAAUGUAUCAGCAGCAAAAUGUCAAGAAUUUGGAAGGUGGUAUAAACAUUUCAAGAAGACAAAAGAUAUGCUGGUUGAGAUGGAUAGCCUUUCGGAACUGUCCCAGCAAGGUGCCAACCAUGUCAACUUUGGCCAGCAGCCAGUCCCAGGGAACACUGCUGAGCAGCCUCCAUCCCCUGUGCAGCUUUCUCAUGGCAGCCAGCCAUCGGUCCGGACCCCUCUUCCAAACCUGCACCCUGGACUUGUAUCCACUCCUAUUAGUCCUCAGUUGGUCAAUCAGCAGCUGGUGAUGGCUCAGUUGCUGAACCAGCAGUAUGCAGUGAACAGACUCUUAGCCCAGCAAUCCUUAAAUCAGCAGUACUUGAACCACCCUCCCCCUGUCAGUAGAUCUAUGAACAAGCCGUUGGAGCAACAGGUCUCAACCAACACAGAGGUGUCUUCCGAGAUCUACCAGUGGGUGCGAGAUGAACUGAAAAGAGCAGGAAUCUCCCAGGCAGUAUUUGCACGUGUGGCUUUUAACAGAACUCAGGGCUUGCUCUCAGAAAUCCUCCGAAAGGAAGAGGACCCCAAGACUGCCUCGCAGUCUUUGCUGGUUAACCUCCGGGCUAUGCAGAACUUCUUGCAGCUGCCGGAAGCUGAAAGGGAUCGAAUUUACCAGGAUGAAAGGGAAAGGAGUUUGAAUGCAGCCUCCGCAAUGGGUCCAGCACCUCUGAUAAGCACACCCCCCAGCCGUCCUCCCCAGGUGAAAACAGCAACAAUUGCCACUGAGAGGAAUGGGAAGCCAGAGAACAAUGCCAUGAACAUUAAUGCUUCCAUUUACGAUGAGAUUCAGCAGGAAAUGAAACGAGCAAAGGUGUCCCAAGCACUUUUUGCAAAGGUUGCAGCAACCAAAAGCCAGGGGUGGCUGUGUGAACUGUUACGCUGGAAAGAAGACCCAUCUCCAGAAAACAGGACCCUCUGGGAGAAUCUCUCCAUGAUCAGAAGGUUCCUCAGUCUUCCUCAGCCCGAACGAGAUGCCAUUUAUGAACAAGAAAGCAAUGCCGUUCAUCACCAUGGUGACAGACCUUCCCACAUUAUCCAUGUUCCAGCAGAACAGAUUCAGAGCCCCUCUCCCACCACCCUUGUGAAAGGAGAGCCUAGAGGUACUUUCUCACCAAGCCUGCUGACCCCUGGACCAUGGCUGGGUGCUGCUCCACAGCAGCAACAGCAGCAGCAGCAACAGCAGCAGCAGCAGCAGCAGCAGCAACAGCAGCCCCAAGCCCAACAACAACAGCCUGGGCCCCGACUUCCCCCUAGGCAGCCUACCGUCGCUUCACCAGCCGAAUCAGAGGAUGAAAAUCGGCAGAAGACACGACCGCGAACAAAAAUUUCUGUUGAGGCUCUGGGAAUUCUACAGAGCUUUAUACAAGAUGUAGGCCUGUAUCCAGAUGAAGAAGCAAUCCAGACUCUCUCUGCCCAGCUUGACCUUCCCAAGUAUACUAUUAUUAAGUUCUUUCAGAACCAGCGAUAUUAUCUCAAGCAUCACGGGAAACUGAAGGACAAUUCGGGUUUAGAGGUGGAUGUCGCAGAGUAUAAAGAAGAAGAGUUGCUGAAAGAUUUGGAAGAAAGCGUCCAAGAUAAAAAUGCAAACUCCCUUUUUUCAGUGAAAUUAGAAGAAGAAUUAUCAGUGGAAGGGAACACGGACAUUAAUGCUGAUCUGAAAGACUAAGAGAAAAGUAUUAUUUUCAUUCAACAGUGCCACUGGUAUUAACUAAUUAAAUGAAAAUUCCAUCUUGCAUUCUCUCAGAAAUCUUUGUUGUUCAUUGUUUGGCCAAUGAGUCUUCAGAAACUUGCACACACACACACACACACACACACACACACACACACGCAUAUACACACACAAAUAUGAAAUGAAAAAAAAAAGAUAAUGCAGACCGCUAAAUGUUUUACUCUGUUUUACAAACUGCUCUACAGCUACAGAUGAAGCGUUGAGGAUUGUUUGAUAUUAAUUUGUGUUCACUGGCUACACCCUGUUUUAUCCAAUAAGCAUGUUACCAGUGAUUUUUGAUUCUGGAGCUUUCAAAGAAGCAUUACAACUUCGGUGAUUCUUGUUUCAUUUUUAUUGUUAUUAUUAUUAAUUAUUCUUCUUAUUAUUACUGUAACACUCCACACUUGAUCUUUGGAAACUCACACUUAUUUUAAAGAAAAAGAGAGUUUGUCGCUCUUGCUCUAUUGUAAAGAACUAUAUACUGUGGAAUGCAGUUUUAAAAUAACACACGCCAACAAAUGCCUUGUAUUAUAUGGCACUGCCGUAAUUCAGAUUUGUUUUCUUUUUUGGAAAUAAAAGGUCACUGUAAUAUUUUUUUUCAUUUUCAUUGUUACAUGAUUUUUAAAAAUGGAAAGAAAAUGUGAAACACAAUUUAGUCCUCAUUAUUUAUUUGUAGAUCCUGCAGCAUCAUGUUGUAAUUAAUUUUUUUUGGAAGUUUCCGUUAAAUGUAAUAUUGCUUCUCUUGUUCUCAUACUGAUUCUUUUCUAUUUAUAAAUGUAUUUUGAUGGGCAGUAAAACAAAGUGUCUUAAAAGUUUUAAAUAGAGAAAAUGUGCUUUACACAGUUGCCUAUAAAAAGUGCUCGAUGUUAUCCAAGCAAUUCAUUCUAUAAGCUUCACUCUUAUUGUUGUAUGCAAUUUUUACUAUCAUGCAAAUAAGCUUAGGUAAAUAAAACUAAUAGAUCACCUUAGAAACUUAUGCAAUUAAUGUGAAAAUAAUUGAUGUUUGCAAUGUGUCUUCCUUUGGUUUACAAUCAAUUUUAAAGCUACAUCUGUAUAAAUUUUCUGUACAAAGGUGUAUUUCUUUUUUAUGAGUUUAUUGCUAUGAAAACACCAGUUAUUUUGUUACAGCUAGCUGUUUUUAUAAGUGUAUCACAAUUUUCUUUAUGCAGAACUGUUCUGACUAGGAGUGGUUAUUGACUGUAACUACACAAUUAAAAUUGUUUGUAUGGUAUGCUA